AUGCAUACAUUUUAUCGUUUAUUUGUACGAUCAACACGUAGUACUAAAUAUCGUAAACAAUUAAUUAUUCUUAUUACUGUUGUAUCUUGCCUUGGAUUUUUUCUAUAUAUUCGAGAAGAAUAUAAUCUACGAAAAGAAAAUAAUGAAGAAAAUAUAAUUUCAAGAAACAAAGUAGUAUUACUCGAAGAUAAACAACCAGAUGAUAUCAUAUCAUCAAAAUCAGAAAAUUGUGCUUAUAAGAAUUGUCCAAAACUUCGUGAAGAUGUUAUCAAUGUACAUAUUAUUUGUCAUACACAUUUAGAUCCCGGUUGGCUUAAUUCCGUUGACGGAUACUUUUUUGGCAUUGACCAUGGUCCUAAUAAUCAAAAGGGGGGUCAAACAUAUCGACAUAAUAUGCCAAGCGUUUUAACAAUAUUCAAUAAUGUGGUGAGUGCUUUACUUGAAAAUGCUCAACGUCGAUUUGUGAUGGUUGAAAUGUCAUUUAUAUGGCGUUGGUGGAAACGCUUAGACGAAGAUUAUAAAAAAAUAAUAAGAAAAUUAUUGAAAGAUGGACGUAUUGAUAUAGCCGGUGGUAGUUGGGUUUCAAAUGAUGAAGCUGUCAGUCAUUAUUCUGCAAUGAUUGAUCAAUGUACAUUUGGUUUUCGUUUUGUUAAAGAUGAAUUACGUACUUGUUCACAACCUGCUGUUGCUUGGCAACUUGACUUAUUUGGACAUGGACGAGAAAUCAAUUCUUUAUUUUCUCAAAUGGGUUAUGAUGGUAUUUUGUUUGGUCGCUUGGAUUAUCAAGAAAAAGAACAGCGUACAGCUGAAAAAACAUUACAAAUGAUUUGGAAAAUAAAUGAAAAUGCUCCCAAGAGUGAACGAUGGUUAUUCACUGGAAUUCUUCCUAAUCUAUAUCAUCCACCAGAGACAUUAGCCUUAAAAUCGGAUAUUGCAGGUAGCUUAUUGAGAUCAUCUGAUGUUGAUACAAUACCAGAAUCAGCUAGUGCUUAUAGUAAGCGUUUGCUUGCAGAACUCAAAACUCAGCAAGAAAAAUAUAAUAGCAGCAAUAUAGCUGUUAUAUAUGGUGGUGAUUUUGAAUAUGAAGAUGCUACGCAAUAUUUUCAAAAUAUUGAUGCUAUGAUUGAUACUAUUAAUAAUAUACAAAAUACAACGACUGAUAAAAAGAAAUUCUAUGUGCAUUAUUCAACACCCACUUGCUUUUUGCAUGCUUUAUCACAAGAAAAGCGCUCAUGGCCUGUACGAGAAGGUGAUUUUUUAUCGUAUGCACAUCGUGCACAUGCAUUUUGGACAGGAUUCUAUACAUCGAGACCAGGUAUCAAAUAUUAUGAGCGUUCAUUAGGAGCUUUGUACCAGUCUCUUCGACAACUGAGUAUCUUUGCGAACCAGGUUGACUUUCAUGGUUUAUUUCAAUUAGCAGAGAUCAUGGGUUUACUGCAGCAUCAUGAUACUAUCACAGGAACAAGUCCAAUGAUUCAUAUUGCAGAUGCUCUUCAAAGAAUGUCUCGAGCAGAAAAAAAUGGACAAGCAUUAGCUUUAUCACUCUAUCAACAUAUUUUAACUCCAUCAAUGACAACGAAUUGGUCUACACCAUUAAUUUUUUGUCAACUUAAUGAAAGCUAUUGUAAGCCGCUUGUUGACAUCGAUAAAUUCUCUGCAAUAGUUUACAAUCCGUCAUCAAUAUCUAAUGAAGUUUGGAUACGUAUCCCUGUUGCCGAACAACAAACUAUCAAUCUUGAUGUUAAUAAUGUGAAGAAAUUUUCCAUCGAUGCUAUAGAGAUCGGCACUAUCAGUUUAUCACCUAUUCUUCAAAGUAUUCCAACCGUUCAUAAUCGUGACCAAUUUCAAGAAUUAAUUGUUCGUGUUCAUGUACCACCAUUAAGUUUACAAGCUGUUCCAUUUAUCAUAUCAAGUUCUUCUAGUGACCAAAUAUCACAUCAAGCAAGUGGCUUGUAUGUUUUUCGUCCAAUUGGUACAGACCCACCACAACAAGUUAAUAUAAAACACUUUUAUUGUUUUAAACGUAAAGGUUAUGAAGAAAUCAUUCAAGUUUAUUCAUCAUUUGUUAAUCAAUCAAUUCGUUUACUUGACAAUUCACCAUAUAUUGAAUUCGAGUGGAUUGUGGGACGAUUAAAUAUAAAUGUCGAAUUCGUCACUUCCUAUCACAGUAAAGAUCUUAACAAUAAUGGAAUCUAUUAUACAGAUUCCAGUGGACGAUCAUUAAUGAAACGAAUACGAGAUCAACGUGAUGGAUAUCGUUUUAAACAAAGUGAAAAGAGUGCUGGUAAUUAUUAUCCAUUAGUAACUGGUAUCAUGAUCAAAGAUGAAAAACAAGAUUUACAAAUGAGUAUAAUUACUGAUCGAGCGCAAGGUGGUGGUAGUAUAAAAGAUGGACAAGUUGAAAUUAUGAUUCAUCGACGUGUCUUAACCGAUGAUAGUCUAGGUGUAUCCGAAACUCUGAAUGAAUUAGGUAUUGAUGGUCAAGGUUUAGUUGUUCGAGGUCGUCAUCUACUGUCAAUAGCUAAACCUGAUGAUAAUAUAAAAUUCUUUCGUGAAUAUGCAUUGAAAUCAGUUUGGAGACCAAUAAUUGCUUUUCGAAGUGAUUUCAAAGAUCAACCACUUGAUUAUAAAACAUGGUCAUUAUUAAACACUGAAUUACCUCCACAAGUAAAUAUUUUAACAAUAGAACCAUUGAGUCAUGAGAAAAAUAUUUUAACUAUUCUUUUUCGUAUUGAACAUAUCUAUGAUCGUAAUGAGCAUUCUAAAUUAUCAGAAUCCAUUUCAAUUCAAAUUCAUAAAAUUUUCAACAAUCAUAAAUUAGUUGAUGCUAAAGAAGUAACAUUAGGUGCAAAUAUGUAUAAAACUGGAGCAUUUGAUCGAUUAAAAUGGACAGUAGAUUCAACAUAUGAAGAUAAAAGUGAAUACAACGAAACACCAAUUUUUGAUGGACGAACUAUUCAUUUGUAUCCAAUGCAAAUACGAUCAUUCAUUAUUAAAUUAACAAAACAUUAA